GUGUGUGAACAUUGGCAAAGCGCUCGCUUCUCUCCAUAGAGCAGUUACUCUGAGCCACAGCUGCACCAAGAAGAUACACAUCUCUACUCACAGCAGUCAACACAGACUCACCAGAUGCUCGUGUUCUUUUCAAACCUGAGCACUUUUUUCCGCGGUAUCUCUUUAUUGUAAGACGACUGAGGUAAAGGUUCAUAUAAAAGUUUUUGCGAAAACCGCGGAACGGAUGUGAGGCGCAAUAGAGAGCCUCUUUCAGUCUUCAGUUUGCACCUUCUUAUUUGCGUUGCGAUAUCUGAGUAAGCGUGGAACACGUUUUCUAGUGGGAAAGGCAAUAGGGGCCGGUUGAUGAUUUUACUGAAAUGGACGUGAGAUUUUAUCCACAACCUCCACCACCAUCAGCAACAGAUCCUUCCCGACUGGGACAGUCACACUAUUCGGACUCUCCGUACUGCAAUAAGUACGACAGUGAAAACAUGUUCAUGAGUAUGCCAGAGCCCAGCCAGGACUUUGUGCCAGGGAACCAGUUAUGUUCAUGUUCAGCACAUGACAUAUCUUAUUUCCGCGUGCCUGCCAGUCCCAGCCAGACGCAGCACAGCAACAAACAGGCCGGCGGCCACUGGAAAAGAGAGACCCCUACACACACGGACGGCCACCGUCUGACAUGGCAGUCCUACCCAGUGCCCAGUCUUGGGGACGAAGACUUCAACAUCCCGCCAAUCACUCCCCCCACCCUCCCCGAACACAUGCUGGCACACCUGCCCGAGUCUGAGUCCGGAACAUACCAUCACCUUUGCCCCCCUGUCUCCCAGAACGGACUGCACCCCUUUCACCUGCAAGGAAUGGACCUGCCCGGCAUGUCGGUCCCCAACAUGUUGGGUCAAGAUGGCGGUCUGCUCACCAACUCCCUUUCAGUGAUGCAGCAAAUGGUCAACUCAGACUCGCGUUACGGUGGCCACCCUCAGGUGGAUACGCUUAGACCCAGGGUCCAACCUGGAAUGGUUCCUCAAGGUCAGCUGACCACAAUCAACCAGUCACAACUCAACACUCAGUUGGGUCUGAAUGGCAACAAUGGCACCCAUGGAUCCCCAUCUCCACCAGAGAGCAAGUCAGCCACACCCUCCCCCUCCAGCUCUGUGCAUGAGGACGAUGCAGAUGAUGCUGCCAAGAUGAAUGGGGCAGAGAAGAGAGCAGCCACAGACAUGGCCAAGAAGCCCAAAACCCCCAAGAAAAAGAAAAAGAAAGACCCCAACGAGCCUCAGAAGCCAGUGUCAGCCUAUGCCCUGUUCUUCAGAGACACACAGGCAGCUAUCAAAGGCCAAAAUCCUAAUGCCACAUUUGGAGAGGUUUCCAAAAUAGUGGCCUCCAUGUGGGACGGUCUCGGCGAGGAACAAAAACAGGUGUACAAGAAAAAAACAGAAACCGCAAAGAAGGAGUACCUCAAACAGCUGGCUGCGUACAGAGCGAGCCUCGUGUCUCAGAGUUACAAUGACCCAGGCGAUGUGAAGGCAUCACAGGCCUCUCAGAUGCUCGGGCCCAAGCCACCAGUUUUCUCUGGGGCAGGCCAGUCUCACCCAGGUCUCUACAUGGCUCCUCCGUACCACCAGCAGCCAGGACUCAGUCCCCAUCUGCCCCAGAUGCAGCCAGGCCUAGCCCGAGGUGGCACAUCCCGGCCCAGCGCGCCUAUGAGCAUGGGCAGCAUGGCGGGCUCAUCCCCCCCUCCACUGCAGAUCAGCCCCCCCUUACACCAGCACCUCAAUCUCCACCAGCAACAGCAGCAGCUCAGCAGCCACCCGCUGCCACUGCACUCCCCAUCCAUGGCCCAGGGUUUCCCCCUUCAGGCAGAGUAUCAGAGCAUGGUAAAUGUCACAUCCUCCGCCGGACCUGGCCUGUCCCCUUCAAUGGACUACCGUACCGGCUGCAGGAACGGACCGACCCAGGGCCUGGACUGGACCCCUGACUACUGCGGCAACGGAGCUCUGCAGAGGGACAAAGCCCUGUACCUGACCUGAUCAACAUGUUCAGCCUCACGCUCCUUCACGCUCACAGGACCAAGGCAGUUCCUCAUCCCAGUACAGCUAUUCAGGGCCUGAUUGUUCAGGCCUUACUUUAGACUAGACACAAACCACGCAUCAGCAAAACAACGUUUGAAUGUUUUCUUUCUCAUGGCUCACACUUUAGUGCACCCUAUCGUGGUGGCUUUGCAAUUUCCUUCUAGCUUCUGACAUUCAGACCUUUUGGAUCUUUAAAAUAGAGUUUAAAUCAUCGAAAGCAUGAACAUGUAAAUUGAAUGCUAAAAUUUGUUUAAAUGCAAUCACUUCUCUAAUGAUAUUGACUUUUUACGCCCUACUAUUGUUCCGCGUCCUCGUUGCGUACCUAUUAAGAGGCCGUGUAUGGAAACCCCCUGUAGACGUGUGUUUUAUUGGAGAUUGUUCACGGUUUUUAAGACGUCGCGUAGGUCAAUUUGCCUCGCAGGAAGGUUGUCAAUCCAUCAGUUUCUAAGCACUUACCGCUGCGUGUCAGAGACUCCAAGCUCUCACUGACAAACAGCGGAACGAAAACCAAAACAGAACUUCUUUUUUUGUACAAAGAGGAAAAAAUCACAAUCUGAAAAAAAAAAAGAAUGAAAAAAAAUGCGGAUGAUAUGACUCCUGCUUUCGCCCCACUCUUUUCCACACUCUUUCUCGUCGUAUCAUUCUUCCUCUCUGUAAUGAUCUUUUUUAGUCAACUGCCUUAGAAACAGAGUUCUGUUGUAAGUAUAAAACAGUCGCUCAUAGGAACGUUAUGAACGGCCGGACGGGUUGUUUCAAGCAGCCCUCGUUUCAAGUUGUAAAUAGAAUCUGUGUUACUCCUAGAGUAUAAGAAUUCAACUUUUUUUCUAGUAACAAUGUGAUUUUGAAUUGGACCACACCAGUUCGUUUAAAACUCGAAAAAGGAUAAUUAGCCAAGAGGGGUAGUUUCUUGGCAUCGGAUGUCGCCAUUGAUUGGACCGACAAAAGAGACUAAAGAAGUAUUCUUUUCCCAAGUUUAAUAAGGUAAAGGUUGAUGGCAUCAACCAGCGAGGUGGCAUGAAAUGAUUCAUUAAGGAAAAUACUAAAGAAAAGUUUAUUUUGUAUUACACAAAAUACUUCUUUUGUAUCACUUCUGGCAUAUUGAUUAAUUUCAUCCAAACUAUGUGUAUGAAACUGUCAGAUGCUUAUAUGGUGUUAAUUAGAAGAAACAGUGGCAGAUUGGAGAGUUGCUGUAUAACCCUGGCAUAUGGCUGAUCAUUUACUAUUCCUCUACACUGUGUCUAUAUGAGAUCUUUUUAUGGUACUUGUUUGCGCCUAUUUAUGAAGGAAAAAAAAAUAACUGUAGGUGUUUUUUGAGUAAUUAUGUUAGAGUUCCAGGGAUGUUUUUCUGUUAAUUUGUUUUGACAGAAUUGAUCCAGGCAACAAUGUGAAUAAUUCUUAUUUAGUUUUUAUUGUGUUUGAAAAUAAAUAAAGGCAAACCUGCAUUUUUGUGCAGUAAUUAA